UAAUGGGCACAAAUAAAUUACACACGACAGUCAGCCACGGUGGUGCAGCGAUUAGCAUUCCCGCUGCACAGCACGAAGUUCUCCGUUUCCUUCCUCGGCUGGGGUGCCUUCUGUGGAGUCUGCAUGUCCUCCCUGUGGUGGCGGUUGCUGUGGUUUCCUCCUACAUACGAAAAACAUGCCAUAGAUGGUUGGGACACAUUAAAUUGGUCCUAGUCAUGAGUGUGUGCAUGUGUGUACCUUUCAAGGUUGGGCGCUGGGCCAACAACUGCAUACCGUAAACCUCCAUUGCCCUCAAAGGGAAAGGCUGGAAGAAGGCUACAGUCAGACAAUAAACUGCCGAACUCAAGAAGGAUUAAUAAGCACUAACACCACACCACGAUCUUUUUCUGUACCCUUAUCUGUCGGGAGGUUCAUUGAGGUUUUAUUUCGAAACAAGUAGAGGAUUUAUAUGCUGCGGCUAAGCCCGACUCGUGGGCUACAUCUAUGGAUGGAAAUAUUAUUGGUUUUGCUUUGCUUUUAGCUCUUUUCUCGAUUCAGCAGUCUACUCCACAAGGUUAUGUAAAACUUAACGGAGCACUGCAUUACAUACGAGGCAGUGAUGCCAUGUUGAAUUGCAAAGUUGAGUCAGAUGAGAUGAUCACCCAGGUAACAUGGCAGAGAGAGCAUGGAGCCAAAAAAGAGAAUUUUCUUAUACGAAACAAAGAAGGUACACGCGCUGUCACUAGCUUUGGAGAAAGGGUUAAAUUUGUUACGAAUGUCACCAGCAAUGGAACUAUUGUAAUUCCCAAUGUACAACUCUCUGAUGAAGCCAACUAUAUUUGUAUAUUUACUUUAUAUCCUAGUGGACCAGUUGAACAGAAGAUCCGUCUUGAAAUUGUAGUUCCCCCUAAUGUAAAAUCAGAGGUGAAUCCUGGAGUCAUUGGUUCUUGUAACAGGACAACCAUAGCCAAAUGCACAGCAGCUUCUGGAAAACCAGCUGCCACCAUUUCAUGGAGUGUGCCUUCUCAUGACAAUAUUUUUAUUAACAGUACCACAUCAGAUCAUAGCAAUGGAACCAAAACAGUUACAAGUUGGCUUGAGGCCAUUACAGUGCAAAGCUUGAACCAGAAAGAAGUCAGCUGUACAGUACGACAUGAUGGCCUGAAUCCACCAUCUAUUUACUCCAUGAAGCUAAUUGUUCAGUAUCCUCCAUCAUCAGCUAUUGUAAGAUUCUCCAGUGACAGCCAUGGUGAAGCUGAUCUGAUUUGUGAAGCAGACUCAAACCCUCCUGCAACAAACUUCAGAUGGUCAAAGAAGAAUGGUACAUUGCCAUCAUCCGUACAGAAUGAGCAAAAACUACAUCUGUCAAAGCUUGAUGCUAGCAUGAGUGGAUUGUACAUCUGUGAAAUAGCCAAUGUCCAUGGAUCUGCCACUGGGUUCUUUUAUCUGCAUCUGUCUUCAAAUACAGAUCGCCAUCGUAUUUAUUCAAUAUUGGGAGCAGUGCUAAUAGUAGCACUUGCAGUAGUAGCAGUAUCAAUUUGGAAUCUGCUGCAGAACAAGGACACGUCAAAUAGCGGAGGAAGCUAUACACAAGCAUCAGAAGGUGGAGCACCCUCACCAUCACCACAAUCCUUGCAAUCUUCACAAGCAGAACAGCCAAGGAGGAAAUUCAAUGUAAUAAGCAUCAGCAGGAAAGGAGAACGCAAGGCUGGUUGAAGAAGCUGGUGGAAAUUAAAUCCACCCUAUUGGAAAAUGUAUUUCCCUCUGCAGGAAGUACAUGCUGACCGAAUUCCACAAAUACCAAGAUGCAUAACUGCAAAAGAGAACACACAAAAGGCUCAAUGAAAGGGGAGCAUUUUCUUUCCCCAAACACAAGGUGCAGAAGAAUACAUUUGUGUAUAAGGGCACAGGGGAUAUCUGUUUCCUUCAAAGACAAUUAGAUUUAAUUUUGUUCAAAUUAUUUUUUUUCAGAUUCAGAUGGAGUUAACAAUAAUACUGCACAGUUGGAUUACA